UCCUAUUGUUUUUCUUUAUGAAACUACUCAAAAAGACACGUCUAAUAAAUAUUAUUCAUUUUACAUGUAUUACCGUGCUGAUUAGCUUAUGUGUGGUCAUACCCAUUGUUUAUAAUUUAACAGGAACACCACCUUAUUGGGCCAUGAUGCUGAUUUUUGGUAUUCUAUGUAUACUUUAUUUGACAUUGGUGAUCAUGAUUUAUUUCUACAAACGACGAAAACAACAACAAGACGAAGAAGAAGUGCAUAUAGCAGAAGAACAGGAGGAUAUUGUUUCAUCUGUCGAGAGUUAUGAUAAUCCCUCAACCACAGGUAUACCACCCAGUUCCUACUUGGCACCCAAUCAGGCUUCUAUUCGAUCUUCUAGUCUGGAUAUAACAGCACCACCUGCUUAUCAGGAAAUGAUGUACCCACCAUCGUAUCGCUCUACUAAUUCAACAAAAGAUGACAGCCCAUUAGACCAAUAAAUAUUCCAUUCUAGUUCAGUUUAUAAACAAUGUCAUGAUUGUGCGCAAAACACUUUUUAUUUUUAUUUUAAAAGAGAUGCUUUGUGCCUGUUUUGAUGUUAGCAAGGACAAGAUCAAAUUGAAAACAGUGCUGUAUGAUGAGGGUGAGGAGAGGAGUUUGACUAACAAAAAAAAAAAA